AGUAAUAAAAUAACCGUCGAAGUAAACGGGCGCUGUUGGAUCUGUUAAACUAAGAAACGUUAAAAUUUGUAUAUCAACAGCAUACUGAUAAAGAAUUAAAAGUACAAAACCGAAGGAGUAUUAUAUAGGAAAUAAAAAAAGGAGAAGCAUUUUUUUGUGCCAAAAUCUAUUUUAAAUAAUAAUGGAAAAUACCUGGGUCCAUUCAUCACCAUAUCAGCCGGUGCCACCAUUCGCAGUUAUUGGCGGUCACGACUCGGACGGCACUCCCAUCUACGUGGGUCGUUCGUUUCACGAAGGCGACAAUCUCCCAGCCAAAGUAGUGCCUAGCAAGGGUGCAGGCUAUGUCUGCUGGGGUGGCCGUGAAAUCACGAAAUCACACUAUGAGAUACUGGUUGGUCAAGGUUACGCUUGGGUACCCUGCUACGGUGGCUCUGUGCCGCCCAACGCUGUACGCACCGGCACUACACGCUCUGGAGAGCCAUUGUACGUUGGACGUGGUCACCAUGCCAACAGUUUGACCGUGGGCAAAAUACAUCCAUCGCAUGGCUGCUUAUACAUACCGUUCGGUGGGCAGGAGGUGCGAAUCGCCACAUAUGAAGUACUCAUCAAACAGUCCACCGAUCAGUGGGUACCUUCAACGCCCAACUAUGCACCGCCCAGUGCUGUGGUGGCUGGCUACGAUACAGAUCGCGCUCCCAUUUAUGUGGCACGCGCCAUGCAUGAAGGCUAUAAAUGGGUGCAUUCGUCCGCGUACGCUUCAAUUCCACCAAAUGCCGUACUUGGCGGCAAUGAUUUUGACGGUGACACCAUUUACGUUGGUCGCACAUUCCACAAUGGCGACACGCUCGUAGCCAAGAUCGUACCAAAGAAACAGAUUGCUUUUGUAUCAUGGCGUGGUGAAGCGUUUCCAAAGGAUCAUUUCGAGGUGCUUUGUGGCACAAAUCUCAGCUGGCGUCAAUGCUACGAUCAUGUUAUACCCGAGAAUGCUGUACUCUGUGGCAAAACGGCGCUGGGUCAGCCUGUUUAUAUUGGACGCGGUCACUAUGAAGGUAGCCUGAGUGUCGGUAAAAUAUCCUCGGUUCAUCGCGCCUUAUUUAUACCGUUCAAAAAUGCAGAACGUCGCUUGGAGUUUUACGAGAUACUGGUAGAAGACAAACGUACCGAGGGUUGGGCAAUCGAUGAGACACCACCACCGCCACUAGAAGAAAAGAAGCCUACUUUUCCAACACCACCAACUGAGGAUAUGAAGCCUUACCCACCACCGCUAGACGUUAAGCCGCUAUUUGGUCCUCCAAUGCCAAUACCCUUGGGUGCACCCAUGGGACCGCCACCUCCGAACGAUCCAUACAACCCAUAUGCACCACCAGCGCCAACACAUUUCGAUCCACCUCCAUCAUACCAGUCCCUCGGUGUAUCUGUCUACCCAACGAUCCCCCCAAUGCAUUUGCCUAUGCCACCCCCACGUCCACAACAAUCCGAUACUUGGGUGGUUUCAAGCGCCAACUAUACACCACCAAAUGCAGUACAUGCCGGACACGAUACGGAUCUCUCGCCAAUUUUGGUUUGUCGUUGUUUUCACAAUGGCGAUUUUUUGCCGGGAAAAGCGAUACCGAGUCGUGCUUGCGCUUAUGUCUCAUACGCGGGUCAAGAGAUACCCAAAUCCGAUUUUGAGAUUCUUAUUGGGGAAGGUUAUGAUUGGGUGCCAGCAUCGGAUGGUAUAAUACCGCCGGGUGCUAUAGAGGCGGGGCGCACUGCCGAUGGUGAGCCAUUGUAUGUAGGUAGAGCUCAUUACUGUGGCAGUCUAACUCCCGGCAAAAUUCAGCCGUCUCAUCGAGCUCUAUACAUUGCAUUUGGCGGGUAUGAAAGGCGUAUCCCAAACUAUGAAGUACUCGUGCGCCGUAAUGACUUCUAUCGAGAUGAAGCGGUAAAGAUGUGCUAUUGAAUAAAUAUCUGUUGAACAUGAGCUCGUUCAAGUAGAGUAGGCCUUAGAAGCGACAUACUUGCAAUGACGAAAUUUUCUACUAAAUUUAAUUCUUUGCGCUGUGUGUACAUAUUUUUGGUAUUACUUACUCAGUUAUUUAUUCAUUAAUGUAAAGAUUUACUAACAAAUAUACUUUCAUAUGUAUCUAUAAAAUC